CUUUUUCAACCAAGGAGAAGGGCCUGGGUUGUGAAAAGGCAAUUUUCGACGAUCACCGACUUUCCUGCGAAACUAGCAGUAGUCGCCGCAAGCGUGGCAAUCUUGUAAAUACCGACGAACGGAAAGCCAACCCGUCUUCGUCCUCCGGACUGCGCCCAGUCGUCGGAGAGAUCCCGAUCGAGGGCAAUAGAAGAGGAGUCGUAGGUGCAAAUCGACGUUUUCGACGAGCGGAAUCAAGAUCGACGACGCUAACCGGCGUUCGGUUUUUCUCCCCUUCCGUCCUUGUUCGCGCCGAUCGUUCGGUACCAGUCCAGAUCCAGAUCGCAGGUCGCCGGCGGCGGCUCGAGCGCUUCCCGGUAACCCUGAAUUCAGAUUUGCGGUACAUUCUCGGCGAAAUUGACUGUUGGUGAUAUUCGACAUGUCGGCGCUCUUCAAUUUCCAUUCAUUUCUCACGGUAGUGCUGCUGGUAAUAUGUACGUGUACUUAUGUGAAGAUGCACUUUCCGGCCAUUCUGGAGCAGAGGACUGGGUUUCGUGGUUUCUUUUGGAAGGCAGCUAGAAUAGGUGAGCGUCUUAGUCCUUGGGUGGCCAUCGGAUGUUUUUCAAUGGGCGUGUCCAUAAUUUUCUUCUAAGGAAGACAUGCUUAGAACCACGAAUACAAGACAAAAUCAGCAGCUUGCCGUCGAGGGGUAUUGAUCACUCUGGAGGCGUCACGUCAAAUUCUUAAAGUCAUAUGCCUGAGAAAGCUAAUCCCACGGGUAAGGCACGUUGAAAAUGAUCUCGAAUGGGGACAAUCACAUCGUUCGUCUAGAAGGAAAUGGUGAUUUUUUUUAAUCUUCUUAUGCUUUUUAUGCUUUUUAUCCAAUUAUAAGAAUAAAGAAUGUCGGACGAAGGUUACGCAAA